AUGGUUUUCUCCCUGGUGGCGGCGGCACUGCUGGCACUAGCCGCGCUGGUUGUGCUGUGGCUCUACCAGCGGUUUGGCGAGAUGCUCAAGCACACGGGAAAGUUGGGAGGUCCACCAGCGUAUCCAAUCGUCGGCAGUGGUUUAUUGUUUUUGAACAAAUCUCCCGCUGAAUUUCUACGCAUCAUUGGUGAGCUGCUGAAGCAGUAUGGUGAUUGUUUUCGGGUAUGGAUCGGUACCCAGCUGGCGAUCGUCAUAGUCGAUCCAAAGGAUAUCGAGAUAUUGUUGAGCAGUCCAAAAUAUAUCGAUAAGUCAACAGAGUACGACUUUAUUCGCCCAUGGCUGGGAGAGGGUUUGCUCACGAGUCGUGGACGAAAAUGGCACACCCACCGCAAAGUGAUCACCCCAACAUUUCACUUCAAGAUUCUGGAACAGUUUGUGGAGAUAUUCGACCGUCAAAGCACAACCUUCAUCAAGAUGCUGCAACCAUUUGCGGAAUCGGGCAAAUCCUUCGACAUCUUCCCACAGGUGACACUGUGCGCAUUGGAUGUAAUUUGUGAGUCAGCCAUGGGAACGAAAGUGAAUGCACAGAUUAACUCCACGUCCAACUAUGUGCUGGCAGUGAAAGAGAUCACAAAUCUCAUACAGCUGAGAUUUUACGACUUUCUGAUACGGUACGACAUUUUCUUUCGCCUGUCCGCAAACUGUCGCAGGCAACGGAAGGUUCUAAAGAUUCUGCACGACUAUACGGACAGUGUGAUUAAGGGACGGCGUCAGCAGCUGGAAGCUAACGCGCACAUGGACGAAAUGGAAGAGGGCAGCGAUCAGGAUCUUGGCAUCAAGAAGCGUAUGGCAUUCCUGGACAUGUUGCUGCAGGCGACGAUCGAUGGCCGUCCGCUGACGGAUCUUGAGAUACGCGAGGAGGUGGACACGUUCAUGUUCGAGGGACACGAUACGACGACAUCGGCCAUUAGUUUUCUACUGCUGAGUUUAGCGAAAAAUCCCGACAUUCAGCAGAAAGCGUUUGACGAGGUACGGAACGUUGUUGGAGAUGAUCGUACGCGGCCCGCUACCAUGGCAAUGCUGAACGAUAUGAGCUAUCUUGAUCUGGUGAUCAAGGAGACGCUUCGACUGUAUCCUUCGGUACCGAUGAUAGGAAGGAAAAUGACACAAACAACCGAAAUUAAUGGGAAAAUCUUCCCGGCCGGUGCAAAUUUGAUCAUUAUGCCAUUCUUCCUUGGCCGAGAUGCUCGCUUUUUCCCAGAUCCCCAACGGUUCGAUCCGGAGCGGUUCAAUGUGGAGCGGUCGGCGGAAAAGACGAACCCCUAUCAGUACAUCCCGUUCAGUGCUGGGCCACGGAAUUGCAUUGGACAGAAGUUUGCCGUAGCGGAACUGAAGAGCCUGGUCAGCAAAGUGCUCCGUCAUUACGAGAUUCUACCACCAGCAGACGCGCAAGACGAAUCGUUCAUUGCGGAACUAAUCUUGCGACCCGAGCAUGGUGUGUUCGUGCGUUUGAAACCAAGAAAGUCGUUGCGCAAAGCAAGCACCAGUCGGUACUUUGAUUUCGGGGAGUUUGGAGCACCGGAAACAUUCUUCACCAUGUUCGUGGCAACGCUAACGUUCGUUGCGUUGGUCAUUUCCGUGGCACUGUACGCGUACGUGGAAAAGUUCAGUAAAAUCCUUAAGCACAGCGGAAAACUUGGAGGCCCACCUGCAUAUCCGCUGAUUGGUAAUGGGUUGCUUUUUGCGGGCAAAACACCAUCCGAAUUUCUACCCACCGUGGGACGGUUGAUUCAGCAGUACGGCAAAUGUUUCCGGUUGUGGUUGGGAACGCAAAUGCUCAUCAUUAUGACGGAUCCCAAGGACAUCGAGGUCAUUUUGAGCAGCAACAAGUACAUCGACAAAUCGAUCGAGUACAACUUCGUACGUCCGUGGUUGGGUGAAGGACUGUUGACCAGCAGUGGUCGCAAGUGGCACACACACCGGAAGGUGAUCACACCGACGUUUCACUUCAAAAUUCUGGAGCAGUUCGUGGAAGUUUUCGACCAGCAGAGCAACACGUUCGUGCAGGUGCUGGGAACGCACGCCAAAACGGGCAGUACGUUCGACAUCUUUCGCCCCGUAACACUGUGUGCGUUGGAUGUUAUCUGCGAAACCGCGAUGGGUACAAAGGUCAACGCUCAGCUGAACACCGAAUCGGAGUACGUGCAGGCCGUGAAGGACAUAACGAAUUUGGUACAGACACGAUUGUUCAAUUUCCUUAUUCGGUAUGAGUUUUUCUAUCGCCUGUCCUCGAACCGUCGCAAGCAGCUGGAUGCGCUGAAGGUGUUGCACGGAUAUACAGACAGUGUCAUCAAGAAUCGACAAAAGGAGCUACAGUCCGGGAACACCAACGCGCUCGACAUCAAUGAGAACGAUUUGGGCAUUAAGAAGAAGAUGGCGUUCUUGGACAUGUUGCUGCAGUCGAAAAUCGAUGGACAACCGCUGACGGAUCUCGAGAUACGCGAGGAGGUCGACACGUUCAUGUUCGAGGGACACGAUACGACGACAUCGGCCAUCAGCUUCUUGCUGCAGAACCUUGCGAAGCAUCCCGAAAUACAGCAGAAAGUGUUUGAUGAGGUGCGAAACAUUGUUGGGGACGAUCGUACGCGACCCGUUACCAUAGCGAUGCUCAACGAUAUGCACUACUUGGAUCUGGUGAUCAAGGAGACGCUUCGACUGUUCCCAUCGGUACCGAUGAUUGGUCGUAGAAUGAUGGAAGAUGUCGAAAUAAAUGGAAAAGUGUUCCCGGCGGGUUCGAAUGCAAUCAUAAUGCCAUUUUUCCUCGGUCGCAAUCCCGAAUUCUUCCCCAAUCCGGAAAAGUUUGAUCCGGAGCGGUUCAACGUGGAAACCUCGGCGGAAAAGUCAAACCCGUACCAGUAUGUGCCGUUCAGUGCUGGGCCACGGAAUUGCAUUGGGCAGAAGUUCGCCAUCGCCGAAAUCAAGAGCCUUACCAGCAAAGUGUUGCGACAUUAUGAAAUAUUGCCACCGGCCGGACAGUAUGAUGAAUCAUUCAUCGCUGAACUUAUUCUGCGUCCCGAGCAGGGAAUUUUCGUUCGAUUGAAGUCAAGAGCUUAUUAACUUUUUUUGGGCGAGAAUAUUAGACGAGUAUUAGAUACUUUAUUCUUCAUCAAAAUCAAAACUAAUCAAAAUCUUGAAUGGCUGGGAUAG